GGCUCCCGCUUCUAAGGCCUCGGAGCGUUUCGGGGUCCGUGUCCGCCACCGGCCCGACUUUUCUCCAGCGGAGGGACUGGUUGGUUCACGUUACGCCCGGGGGCGAGACCUAUGAGCGCUCAGGUGUCCUCGCCUCUGCUGUCUCAGCCCGCCCCUCUGUUAAAAGGCCAGCUCCUCUCGCUGAAAAGCAGAACGUUUCUGCCCACGGCUCUUGUUACGCAUGAUCCUGCUAGUCUAUGGGUCUCUGAGGGCAUGGCUUUGGCUACCAGUUUUUUUGUUUCUGAUUACUCUUGAGAAGUGCUCAAGUGGGAUUCAGCUUUCUCCUUUCUGCUAGGAGCUAAUUGGACCUCCGCAGCUGUUUUCUUUUCGCUCUUUUCUUUUUUUUAACCUAGUAACAGGGGAUAUAGGAUAAAGUUCUGGUCUCCAGAGCUUUGAAACUGGCAUAGCUUCUGGCUGGUGAGGCAGUUUACCAGUGCUUCUUCCAACCCGUGGAGGGUGCGAAAGAGAACCUAACAGUUCUUUACAUGUUCUGGGUAGGCAUGCAAGAUUAAAGAGGUAUUGAAGAUGAGCAUUCUUAGUUAUGCUGUUCUUUUACUUUGGAUUGUGGCCCUCAGAUGACUGCUAUCGUGGAGAAGGUGUUGCACUGGGAUUUAGUAGAGGAGGGUUCAACUUUAGAUUUUGCCGCCGACUAGUAAUACUCCUCUGGGCCUAUUACUUAAUCUCUCUGGCUUUCCUAUUUUUUCUCCGCAAAAUGGGAGUAUUAGAACAGAAGAUCCCUGAGGCUGGAAGACGAUCAACAGUGACAAUGACCGAGUGUACAAGCCUUCAGUUUGUCAGUCCUUUUGCUUUUGAGGCAAUGCAGAAGGUGGAUGUUGUUCGUUUGGCAUCUUUAAGUGAUCCAGAAUUGAGACUUCUCCUGCCCUGCUUGGUGCGGAUGGCACUUUGUGCCCCUGCUGACCAGAGCCAAAGCUGGGCUCAGGAUAAAAAACUCAUCCUUCGUCUUCUCUCUGGAGUGGAAGCUGUCAAUUCUAUUGUUGCACUGCUGUCUGUGGACUUUCAUGCUUUAGAACAGGAUGCCAGCAAAGAGCAACAGCUUAGGCAUAAACUUGGAGGAGGCAGUGGAGAGAGCAUCCUAGUAUCACAGCUUCAGCAUGGACUGACUUUAGAGUUUGAACACAGUGAUUCCCCUCGUCGAUUGCGUCUUGUGCUUAGUGAACUGUUGGCGAUUAUGAACAAGGUAUCUGAGUCCAGUGGAGAAUUUUUUUUUAAAUCAUCUGAGCUAUUUGAGAGUCCAGUCUACUUGGAGGAAGCCGCAGAUGUACUUUGUAUUUUACAAGCAGAGCUCCCUUCCCUGCUUCCUAUAGUUGAUGUAGCUGAAGCCUUGCUCCAUGUUAGAAAUGGUGCCUGGUUCUUGUGUCUGUUGGUGGCCAAUGUUCCUGAUAGUUUUAAUGAAGUUUGUAGGGGCCUGAUCAAAAACGGAGAACGACAAGAUGAAGAGAGUCUUGGAGGAAGGCGGAGGACGGAUGCUUUACGCUUCUUAUGUAAAAUGAAUCCUUCUCAGGCCCUGAAGGUCCGAGGCAUGGUGGUGGAAGAAUGUCACUUGCCAGGUCUCGGAGUGGCUUUGACAUUGGAUCAUACUAAAAAUGAAGCUAGUGAAGAUGGAGUGAGUGACUUGGUUUGUUUUGUUAGUGGUUUGCUUCUUGGAACAAAUGCGAAAGUCCGGACCUGGUUUGGAACUUUUAUCCGAAAUGGACAGCAGAGAAAAAGAGAGACCAGUAGUUCUGUCCUUUGGCAAAUGAGAAGGCAGCUUCUUCUGGAGUUGAUGGGCAUUCUUCCCACAGUAAGAAGUACCCGCAUUGUGGAAGAAGCUGAUGUGGAGCUGGAGCCCAAUGUGUCUGUGUAUUCGGGGCUGAAAGAAGAGCAUGUUGUGAAAGCCAGUGCACUCUUACGUCUGUACUGUGCUUUGAUGGGGAUCGCUGGACUCAAACCAACUGAGGAAGAAGCUGAGCAACUACUGCAGUUGAUGACAAGCCGUCCUCCUGCGACACCGGCUGGGGUUCGCUUCGUUUCACUCUCCUUUUGCAUGCUGCUGGCCUUUUCUACACUUGUCAGUACUCCUGAACAGGAGCAGCUGAUGGUAGUGUGGCUAAGCUGGAUGAUCAAAGAAGAGGCUUACUUUGAAAGUACUUCAGGCGUCUCUGCUUCUUUUGGAGAGAUGUUAUUAUUGGUCGCUAUGUACUUUCAUAGCAACCAGCUCAGUGCUAUCAUUGACUUGGUCUGUUCCACUUUGGGAAUGAAGAUUGUAAUUAAGCCAAGCUCCUUGAGCAGGAUGAAGACUGUCUUCACACAGGAAAUUUUUACUGAGCAGGUUGUCACAGCUCAUGCAGUUCGAGUCCCUGUCACCAGCAACCUGAGUGCCAAUAUUACUGGAUUUUUGCCUAUUCAUUGCAUUUACCAGCUUCUGAGGAGUCGUUCCUUCACCAAACACAAAGUAUCAAUAAAAGACUGGAUUUAUAGACAGCUCUGUGAAACCUCCAUUCCACUCCAUCCUCAGUUACUUCCUCUGAUUGACGUGUACAUAAAUUCUAUACUUACUCCUGCAUCUAAAUCUAAUCCAGAAGCCACAAAUCAGCCAGUCACAGAACAGGAGAUACUCAAUAUUUUCGAAGGAGUCACUGGGAAGCAGCCCUGUCUUAAAAACUGUGAGGUCGCUCAGUCGUGUCCAACUCUUUGUGACUCCAUGGACUAUAGCCUACAAGGCUCCUCCAUUCAUGGGAUUUUUCAGGGUGACAACAUCCGCCUUAAUCAGCGUUUCAGUAUCACAGCACAGCUCUUGGUGCUUUAUUAUAUUCUGUCUUACGAAGAAGCUCUCCUAGCAAAUGCCAAGACUUUAGCUGCCAUGCAAAGAAAACCCAAAUCAUAUUCAUCUUCUUUAAUGGAUCAGAUUCCUAUCAAAUUCCUUAUUCGACAGGCUCAAGGACUUCAGCAGGAGUUGGGAGGGUUGCAUUCUGCUUUACUUCGUCUCCUUGCAACCAAUUACCCACAUUUAUGCAUCGUGGAUGAUUGGAUCUGUGAAGAGGAAAUCACAGGGACGGACGCCCUGUUAAGGAGAAUGCUUCUGACUAAUAAUGCCAAAAACCACUCUCCUAAACAACUUCAAGAAGUUUUCCUUUUAGCAUUUUCAGCUGUCCCAGUAAGUCACACGCAAGUGAUGCAGAUUCUAGAACACUUGACUCUACUCUCUGCCAGUGAACUUAUACCAUAUGCAGAAGUAUUAACAUCCAAUAUGAAUCAGCUGUUGAAUUCAGGGGUUCCACGGCGAAUUCUUCAAACAGUCAAUAAACUCUGGAUGGUUCUGAAUACUGUGAUGCCUCGGAGGCUGUGGGUAAUGACAGUUAAUGCACUUCAACCAUCAAUAAAGUUUGUACGACAGCAAAAGUAUACUCAGAAUGACCUGAUGAUAGAUCCUCUCAUUGUGCUAAGAUGUGAUCAGAGGGUAUACAGAUGCCCCCCAUUGAUGGAUAUUACUCUGCACAUGUUGAAUGGAUAUCUUCUGGCAUCCAAAGCCUACCUUAGUGCUCAUCUGAAGGAAACAGCAGAGCAAGAUAGGCCUUCUCAGAAUAAUACGAUAGGUUUAAUUGGACAAACUGAUGGCCCAGAAGUUACCAGAGAAGAACUGAAAAAUGCAUUACUGGCUGCUCAGGAUAGUGCAGCUGUCCAGAUUCUCUUGGAGAUCUGCUUACCUACUGAAGAGGAGAAGGCAAAGGGGGUCAAUCCAGACAGCUUGCUAAGGAAUGUUCAAAGUGUUAUUACUGCCAGCACUCCAAAUAAGGGAACGGAGGAAGGAGAAGAUAAUUUGCUCUGUAACCUUCGAGAAGUUCAGUGCCUUAUCUGUUGCCUGUUGCACCAAAUGUACAUCGCGGAUCCCAACAUUGCUAAGCUUGUUCACUUUCAGGGUUAUCCCUGUGAACUUUUGCCUCUGACGGUCGCAGGUAUUCCAUCUAUGCAUAUCUGUCUGGAUUUCAUACCUGAGCUAAUUGCACAGCCAGAACUUGAAAAACAGAUAUUUGCUAUCCAGUUGCUUUCUCACUUGUGUAUCCAGUAUGCAUUACCAAAGUCACUGAAUGUGGCUCGCUUAGCUGUCAAUGUCAUGGGAACUUUGCUAACAGUUUUAACACAGGCUAAGCGAUAUGCUUUUUUCAUGCCAACUCUGCCAAGUUUGGUCUCUUUUUGUCGAGCAUUUCCUCCACUGUAUGAAGAUAUUAUGUCUUUGCUGAUCCAAAUAGGGCAAGUUUGUGCCUCUGAUGUUGCCACUCAGACAAGAGACAUUGAUCCAAUUAUUACACGUCUUCAACAAAUAAAGGAGAAACCAGGUGGAUGGUCUGGUAUCAGUAAAGAUCCAUCUUAUAAAAAUGGACCUAGGGACACUGGAAGCAUGGAUCCUGAUGUACAGCUCUGUCAUUGUAUUGAAAGCACAGUAAUUGAAAUAAUAAACAUGAGUGUUAGUGGAAUUUAACAAAGAACAAACUUAAAACUAAAAAAUGAAGCUGUUUGCUGCAUAUACCCAACACGAACAUGCAUCUUAUAACAACUAAACUGAAUGGGAACAGAAGCAUCUUGGAAUCACUAAAAUGAUUAAAUUCACCAUGAAUACAGUUUAGAACUCUCUUGAGAAUUAUGCUUGCUUGUAUUUGAUUGGCAGUUCUUUGGAUCUACUUUGCUGGUAUGUUUUUUUGUAGCAAUUGAGCUUUUCUUUUUCUGUUGGCAGCGCAUUUAAGAAUCAUUACUGAAAAAGUGAAUAUGGUCUUGUAUUAAGCUUUUGAAGUGAAGAAAAACUGCCAUGCCUUUAAUUUAAUAUCUUAUUAAUAAGCCUGUGGUUAUUUAACCAUCAGCUAGUAACAGUACAGUGAUGCAGUGGUGAGAGAGAGAAAAAGGGAAGGGGGAAUUGAGGGAAAAUUAGGAGUUUUAAACAAUAGAAAUCUCUAAAACUUGCAAUGCAAGUAAUAAUAGUAAUGAAUGGAAUAGUAAUAGCAAGAUGGAAUUCCAAUUCUCAAGAAACAGUAUUGAGAAGGGCUUUAAAAUAGGCAAACAGCUUUUUGUAAAUGACUUCCAUGGACGUACAGAUGAGGAUUUAAAGAUUUUACAUAUUUGCUUCAAUUUUUACUAAUAUAUGAAGCCAUAUGUUUAAAGAGAUACUUGAAUAAUUUGGAAUUUUAAGAUACUGGCUUAAGAGUUUACAGAAACAUCUUUGUGUAGAGACUAACCUGAAAAGAGGUCUCAUUUAGUUUUUUUAAAGUUUAUUUUUAUAAUGGUCAGAGGGGGGAAAUCCAUUGGAAUCUCAUUGAAGUUUAGAGCAAUAAAACCCACUGGAUUAAAGAACUCUUGGUUUGAUUUCAGGACUAUAAUUCAUAUCAUAAUUUGAGAAGAUUUUGAACUAAUCUGUUGUGUUUGGACCUCAGGAAAAAUUAAAACAGGGAAAAUUCUGUGUUGUGGAAGGAUUUUGCAGUCCUGUUAAGUAAUGUCCAUUGAUUAGGUAGAUGCAUUCAGUUAAUCCAUAAUCCUCGUUUUUUUCCUUAAUGAAGUAUCCAGUGUAGAAGGUACUUCUCUUUGCUUUCUGAGAAAUACCUGAAUGAACCCCUCUUUCCCACCCGACUUGAAACAGACCUCUUCCCUUAUAAAAGAAAUAAGGAAGGCUAAUAAGAAAGUGUGGUUUUUAAGAAAAAAAAUUUAAUUUUAGUCUUUUCACUAGGAAAUAGUCACAUUUCAUUUUCCUUCUUUGUAAAAUGGGAUUACUACUGGCCCUACCUCAUAAGGGUAUUACAUAAGAACUAAUUUGUAUCUGUUUCGAAUCUCGAAGUGCACAGUAUCAUAGAUGAGAGUAUUUAUAACUUUUAUUAGAUGCUUAAAGUUCAAUUAAAUAAUUUUGAUGCAAAAAACAGGCAUACACUUAAAAACAAACUAAGAACUUCCAUAUUUUUAAACAAGGCAGUUUUAUAGUCUUUUAAGAUUCAAUACAACUGCUCCUAUUUGUUUCCUUUUGUUUAAACUGAGGUUUUGGAAUAUUUUGUGUGAGUAGGUAACCUCUAGGAGUCAGAAAAGGUUGAAAUAUGUUUUCUAACUAAAUGCAGUGCACAUUCCUGGAUCAAUUUUCAAAGACUGGUCAAAACCUGCUGUGUUAAAAAUAAUAACAUAUGCUGUUUUUCAUCAGGUUUGUUGAUGAUGUAAAUAAAAUAUGUAAAUAUUAGUAAAUGUUAAUAUUCAUGUAUUUUAAGUUAAGGUUAUAAAAUUUGUCACAAUGUGAUUUUUUUUAUUCAAGUGAAGAAAAGAUGUGUGCAGCUAUUUUGAAUAUUGGUUUAUAAACAUUCAUAUUCUUUAUUAAAUGAA